GCAAAGUCCCCCUUUUCUUCCCUCGAGCAGGAUCCAUCUUCCUGCCCUCAAGAUCAGUGUCCUAAAUGACGUCAUCAUCGUAUCCAGAGGAGGAUGAGACGCGUCUCCCUUGCCCUAGCUGGGUAUUCUCGAAUUUCUCGAAUGUGCAUGUAGCCAGAGACCGUUCUUGGUUUACUGAUGAGUACACCCCUUUUGAGACAUUUUUCGAAGACGACUCGUUUGUCACGACCCAGGUCAAGGUCAUCGGGGUCGGAUCUGUCAAUCUGCCUGUUAAAUCCUUUCCAUAUGACGAUGGCCCGGAAGCACAUGGGGUCCUUCGACUGGAAAAUGUGCUACAUGCUCCCAGCGCGAUUUGCAAUAUGAUUGGAGAUGUCCACACCAAGAACUUUGCAGUCUCUGACCUGUCCUUCAGGUCAGACGAUGGCCUCUGCGGAUCCAUUUAUGACGAAUCGGCUCGUCACCCUGUUGCCUGGCUGGUUAAAAGAAGGUUCUUAGAGGUCCUAUUGAGUGAGCCUCCACUCGGUCCGAAAGUUGGCCCUUCGCCAUUCGACCCCGAUGUUGCCUACGUACUGCGAGCCAUUUGGCCUCUGGAGGAGCAGCGGAAAUUUGAGACAGUGAAGAGCUUCCGAGAACAGAAAAUUAAAUAUUGUCCACCUCUGACCUCAGCUGAAAAGGCGUGGCUGAAGACAAUUUGGGAAAAUGAGUUCAAAUUUCUCCUGGACUUUGGACUGAGAAUCAACAAGGAAGAGGACCGGGAAGAAGGGCGGAGGAUUCUGCGAAAGCUUAUGGAGGAAGACUGAGGGUAGUAAAUCGAGGAUGAGAAUGUAGUUCUCAUCAUUGUAACACAUCUCAGGCCGAAGGAGCUCAGUAC